GCCUCUUCAAUGAGAUUGAUAGCAGGCACCUCCAAUCACAACGAGCCGCUAUUUUUUUAAAUAUCCUCAAGAAAAGGGCGGUGCUCAACCAUAGGUCGGGAUUUUAUAGGUUGUCAAAGGAGUCGCGCUACGAUUGGCUAGUGGGGUAGGAGGUGUGGACUAAUCCGAGCCCUGUGGUUGUCGUCGAACUAUGAACUAGUCCACUGUUGGGGCGGGGCUCAGGCUGCGAGAAGUUUUUUCCUAACGUAACUGGUGCCUUGAGACUGAUUGACGGGAACGGUCUCCCAUGGCAGAAAAGUGUUCCCUGAAAGGGGUGGGGCGAUCAGUGGCCCUUUCGGUGAGGCCCUGAAGGAGAAGAGUGGCGCGUCGCGGAGAAGUUACUUCAGGGCGGCCAUGAACGGCUCUUUUUGCCGCCUGCCCGCGGCUCUGCGGCAGUUGACAGCGGCUCGGCCGUUGCUUUUCGUCACGCGGCGGUUGAGUCAAGCCGCAUCGGCAGGGGAUGGCGCUGGCGGCUCUUCGAAGGAGGAGGUGGAGAAGCUGGUGCGCGCCCACCCGGUGGUGGUCUUCAUGAAGGGCACUCCCGCCCAGCCCCAGUGCGGCUUCAGCAACGCCGUGGUGCAGAUCCUGCGCUUGCACGGCGUCUCCGACUACCGCGCCUACGACGUCCUCCGCGACCACGACCUGCGGCAAGGAAUUAAAAACUAUUCCAACUGGCCUACUAUCCCUCAAGUCUUCCUCAAUGGUGAAUUUGUGGGAGGCUGUGACAUACUUCUCCAGAUGCACCAGAGUGGAGAUCUAGUGGAAGAGCUGAAGAAACUGGGAAUACGCUCAGCACUGUUGGAUUCAGAGAAAGACCAUGGCAAGAAAUAAGCUUGCCUCUGUGACUUUAACAAAGACAGCUUUUGAUAACUUGUUACCAGAAAAGCCUUAUAUAAUAUAGUUCAAAGAGGCAACUCUUUGAACUGAUAAAUGAGGUUUAUCACUGUUCAACAUACACUAUGUCUUUAUUGAUUGAUUGUGAAGAUGUUCUGUCAUGACAACUUUAAGUAUAACCACUGUGCUGUAAAUCAGAUGUUUGGAGUCAAGCUACAUAAGUAGCUGACUUUUGUACUGUACUUCUUUGUUCAUUUUGCUUGAGUCAAGAAUCAACCACAGAAUCUACUCUUCUCCCUACUUCCCCAGGAUCUUCUUUGUGUUUUGCAGAUUGUGUUCUGUGUGCAAUCCAGGCAGACAGUAUUUCGAUUUCUUUUACAUCUCAAUGACAUACGAAGUAAAUAAUUAUGGCUUUAGUUCAUAUUGAGUGCUUAAGGUUCCACUCUAUUUUUAUGGAAGUUAAUUCCAUUUCAUGAACCUGGACAGCAGAAUAAAUACAUAAGACUUAUUUCUCACAUUAAAAACAAAUAUGACAAUUCUUUUUCCUAAAUCUGUUAGCAAGUUUUGGAGAAGAUUUAUAAAGUCUGGAUUAGAAAUAAGAAUGUGAUUUACUUCUACCUCUGCCAGUUAAUACACAUUAGCCUUCACCAUGUCUGUGUGCAAACUUCUAAAACCUGCAAUUUGGUGGCUCCAGGCAGGACAUGUGGGGAUGGGUUUUAGGAGCACAAAUGCGAUUUCUCACUGUUCUGGCUCAUUUUAACAUAUGUGCACAUGCCACUUGGGAUCCUGCUUUCAAGCAGUCACUGCGUGUUUAACCUUCAGAAAUAUCUGUCCCAAAGCUUACACAUGGAUGCGCGUUUUCAAGAUCAGCAGUGUUUCCUACUUCAUCAAAUAAUAUUAUGUCUACAUAAAUAGAAACAAGUAGAAGUCUUUUCAUUUAAGAAGUGAAAUGGAGGCAAGAUAUUUGAUGGGAGCUCCUUUGAAAAUGCGCAUAUAGCGGGUGGGUUCCUUUAUGUGUCUACUUUUAAGCUGAAAAACAUUAUUUUAUGUUCAUUUGUUUGAAUUUCGCUAUGCAGCUUUGCUCAUAGCCGAACAAAACUUGGUUCUUCACACCAUUUUAAUGUUGGAACAAUGUAAACUAUUAUUAGAUAUAACCAAAUUGUAGCUGCGAAACUAUGUUUACUUUGUGAUUAUAGCUAUUUUCCUUUCAAGAUAAAGGGCGUUUAUGAAGAA